AAUAAAUUUCCUCUUUUAAAUCCUCACCCCAAUCAAACAACCUCAUCAUACCCAACAACUUUAAUUCGAGCCAAUCUCUUCCUUGGAGUCCAAAACAAGAGCAAUAUCUGCACCAUCAUGUCUAGGGGUGAUGAGCAUGAGAACCCAUCCUUUGCAAAGCCAAGAUAUGUGGCAAAAAAGGUCCUUGCAAAGCCCCAGUUUGAGGGUGAUGGAGCCAUUGUUAGGAGAAGCAUUGGAAGAUCGGAAUUGAGGAAUUUGGACCCUUUCUUGAUGCUGGAUGAGUUCUCAGUCUCUGCUCCAGCUGGAUUUCCUGAUCAUCCUCACAGAGGUUUUGAGACAGUUACAUACAUGCUAGAGGGAGAAUUCACACAUCAAGAUUUCGCGGGGCACAAAGGGACAAUCCGCGCCGGCGAUCUGCAGUGGAUGACGGCAGGCCGAGGAAUCAUUCACUCAGAGAUGCCUGCAGCAGAGGGAGUUCAGAAGGGAUUGCAGCUCUGGAUCAAUCUCUCCUCCAAAGACAAAAUGAUUGAGCCGCGGUACCAAGAACUACAGAGCAAGGACGUAAGCCGUGUCGAGAAGGACGGGGUCGACGUCCGGAUCAUUGCAGGGGAGGCCUUCGGGGUCCGCUCUCCGGUCUACACACGGACGCCGACAAUGUACCUCGACUACACACUAAAACCCGGGGCUCACGUCCGCCAACGGAUCCCGGAUUCGUGGAACUCCUUCGUGUACGUGAUCGAAGGCGAAGGCGUGUUCGGCAACCCGAACUCCCCCGCUUCUUCGAGCCACUAUGUCCUCGUGCUUGGCGCCGGCGACGGCCUCGAUGCGUGGAACAGAUCGACGAAGCCCCUUAGGUUCGUACUCCUCGGCGGGCAACCACUGAAUGAGCCAAUAGUACAGUAUGGGCCCUUUGUCAUGAACACACAAGAUGAGAUUGAGCAAACAAUUGAGGACUACCACUACUGCAGGAAUGGGUUUGAGAAUGCCAAGCAGUGGAAAUCUCAGCCACAAUUGCAUUAAAGUGGUGGACCAAACAAGAGGGAAAAGGGGAUCUUCGUUUAGUGGGUUUGGGCCCAAAACAUUGUAGUGAGGGUGCAACGUCAACAAUUUCACAAUACUACCACUAAAAUAUAUUUAAAAAAAGAGGGAAAAAAAAAAGAACUGAUAAUAUUGGGUUUGGCGAGAAAAAUUCAAAUUUGGUGGGAAGCUUCUAGAAGUUUUGGGGGUGGCAGGUGGGAGUGAGUGGGGAUUGUGAAAGUUGAAUCUCCAUGUGCUUAGUGAUUCUUCUUUUUAUCCCUUUUUUGGGGUUUCAUUUUGAGGGAUUUUUUUUUUUCAAUCAUUUAUAUUGAUCGUUUGGCACUGUUAAAAUUGUUGUUAUAACUUUUUUUUUUUUACCAUGGUUAAUUUAUUUUUUUGCCUACUUUA